CUCUUUUGUACGAGCCCGCGUUUUCACUGCUGACCAUACAAAUUAGUUGCCAUAGUAACGAAGCCAAAGUCACAGAACUUGGAAAUUUAUAAUAAAGAAAAGUGCUUUAAAUAUGGGCGAAGAUAAAGACGAUUUAUUGAAUUCGGACGAGCUAAGAGAUGCCAACGCUUAUUUAAGGAGAAAGGAUGAACUGUCUAAUACCUCAUUGUAAGUUUUAUAACCAUAUAAUUGCACAAAAGUCGCAUUUUUUUGGACUCGAACAUGUCGUAUAUUUGGGUCCAAACUCAUUCGAUUACCGAAAAAUUUGGCGGUAAAUUUAUACGAGUUUUGGUUUAUAAGUGUGUUAAAUUUUUGUUUUAUAGGUAUGACCACUUUAGCAAAGUGCUAUCGACGUUGUUAGAUAAGCGCCCUGGAAAUGCUAUUGGUUUGUAAAUGCAAUGUAUAUUAAUAACCACUGUGUUAAUCAGUUAUUGUAAUGAAAAUUAUGAAAUGACAAUAUGACAACAUAUAUAAAUUGUACAUUAAAAUAAAAUUUUAGGUGUUUUUGAAGAUCUUAGCUUAGACUGCAAGGUGGUUGCUGAACCAAGAGAAGAAGGAGAAGCUCAGCCUGCUCCGGUAACAAACAAAACCAAAAUGAAUAAAAAGAAGAAAAUUAACUUCAUGUGAAUUUACUGUAACCGAUUGACUAACUCACUGGCAUUGGCUGAUCACAUUAUUAAUCCGCACCCCCCUAUUGAGGACAUCCAUUUUUUGGUCCCCCCUCCCCUGGAAUUUCCGCAUAUUUUAAGCGAAUUUUUAGCCUCCCCUGUGGAAUUUCAGCAGAUUUUUAUUGAAAUUUAGCCAUGCCCAUGGAAUUUCCGCAAUUUUUUAUGAACUUUUAACCCAUCCCAUGGAAAUUCCUUGACAGUUUUUCAUCUAGCCAAUGGAAAUUCCGUAUUGAUUCUUUGAUUAGCUAUCUCUUGGAAAAUUCCUUGCUGAUUUUUAUCCUAUCCUUUGGAAUUUCUUUUCCAUUGUUGACCCUCCCAUGGAAAUUCCAUACGUUUUACUCAUUUUUCUUACGUGGGGGUCUAUCCUUUGGAAUUUCCGCAGAUUUGUGUUAAAAUUUGGACCCUCCCAUGGAAAUUCCUUCAUUUUUGGUUUACUUUUGCAGGGGCCCAUUGGAAAUUCCACAUGUCCUCAAUGGGGGGGGGGGGUGCGGAUUAAUAAUGCGAUCAGCCAUUAUUUCUGGGUGAUGUCAAUAAAUGUCGGUUUUGUAAUCUCUUAAUAAAACCUUGAUUAAUACUAAUCCUAACCCGCAACGAACGCCUGUGAAUUAGUCAAUUAAACCCCCUUGAUGAGUAAGGUAGUGGAAUGCAAUGCACCUCAAUGUGUUACAGGCAAAAUGUGGGAAUAUCAUUGCCAUUUAAGCGUCUGGAUCGGUACUUUUGUACCAUACUUUGCACUACGUACAUUGUUCAGUAUAUAUAUAUGUGGGAAAUCAUGACGUAUAGGAUUGACCAGCUUAUCAUAUAACCCUAGGAUUGUCAACAAGUUUGUAUGAAUGACCACUUGAGGUUGUCUGCACUGCAAACUGCCAGUUUAUUGAGUAACACUUUGUGUAAUUGAUUCAUUUGUGCAGUAUCAGCCACAGUAGAUGUAAGGUACUUAAUUCCUAUUUUUAUGAUAUUAUUUGUAGGAAAAUGCAAAGGAGACAGAUCUCAAGAUACUUUCAUCAGCCAUUCUUACUCAAAAGCUCUUUGAGGUACUUGGUAUUACGCUGUUGUUGUGGUGCAAGGCUCAAUAAUGGCCGACCAGAAAAUCAGAGAUCAGAAACCACAUGACACAUUAAUACUUUGAGCCCAGUGUUGACCAAUGUUUUUUAAGUAGUCAAUUCAGCACAAUGGUUAACAGCUCUGACAAUUCUUUUCCUCUUUUGUCCGCUGCACAGAGAGACACUGAUCGAGAUGGUGACGUUGACAAUGACGAGGAAUUAGAGACAGCUUUACCCAACUUGAUGGAUCUAAACUUCUAUUUUGAACAAGCAGCAGUAGGGUUAUCUCAGGAAGAAAUGUUUAAAGUUUGGCUUUCACUCAAGACACUUGUUGAUUCCAAACCACUUCAAACUGUCAGAUUUUGGGGUAAAAAUAAACUGUACAACUUUUUAAAAUUACAAAUCUCAAUGGACCGAUUACCUAUAAAUGAACAAAAUUUUGAUCUAGACAAGUCUAGACAAAAAUUUCAUCACAGCUUGAAAGAGUAUCACAAAAUUAGUAAUAUUCCGAAGUUUCGUUGCGAAAUGUUGUAAAAUGCGGUAUAUAGUCCUGCGAAGUUUGCCGUUUUUCAGUCAUUUUUUAUUACGCACGGGAAAUUGAUACCUUUUUUCAGAAAGCGGUCAUCUUUACUUUAACUGAUGUUAUUUCCCACUAGGUAAAAUGUUUGGUUUAGAGAACAAUUAUUACGUAGCAGAGGUUGAUUAUCGCGAAGGUGGUCUGGAGGAAGAAGAAGACGAGGAGGUUGGUAAUGUCAAUUUUAUUUUAACAGCUUUUAAGUUUUAACGUAUUGUCGUAGUAUAUUUAACGCAUUAUUUUCGUUACGAAAUACACAACUACGAGAACGUUAGGUCACGCUGAGAAUAUUUUUUUAGCUAGAGAAGGAAGAAGACGAAGCUAGUAAGGAGAAGGAUGAUGACAACGAUGACGGUUAGUAAAAAUUAUGCCGGGCGAAACGCUUGUUUUGAAAGCCCUGGAAUGUUAAAAUGUUUUUAUUCGUGGAUAGAAAUUUUUUCGUAGCUCAGUUGGUAGAGCGUUGGACUAGCAAACCAAAGGUCGCGGGUUCGAUUCCCACCGCGGUCAAGCAAACAUUUCAGCUUCCCCGGUGUGGACACACUCAGAGAGCAUCAUCCAAAGUAAAAAAAGAAUUUCGAAAAAUUCGGCAAUAUGCCCUGAUGGUUUGUGAAUAUUGUUUAGACGAAGAGAAAGAAGACGAGGACGAUGUACCCAGACCAAACUGGUUUCCUCCUCCAGUUAUUCCAAAAGAAGAAUACAGAUCUGGCACGAAUAAAUAUAUCUACUAUGUCACCACCUCUUGUAAGUAGGAGCUAUACUUAAUUAUUUCUCGCUUGGACGACCUGUUUGCUUUGUUAGUUUUGAUUUAAUGAUUUUAUGAAAUUCGGCAACAACCAAAAAUACAACAUGUAGCGCCAGGGAAUACUCCAGUUUUCUUGCUAUAGACCGAUUUACACAACACAGCUUUUGCCUAAAACUGUCGCAUGCAACAUGCUUACAACUUGAGUUGUACUGUGUAAAUCAAGCACACAACUCACCUUCGUUGUCGAAUAAUCCCCCCCCCCCCUUUUUUUUUCGAUGACAGUCAAUGCAUCCUGGGUGAAGUUACCUCAUGUUACACCUGCGGAGAUCGUGACUGCGAGACAGAUUAAGAAAUUUUUAACUGGAAGACUUGAUGCUCCGGUAAGAAUGUAAAUGUAUUUACAGUGAUUAGUACAUAUUCCUUGCGUAGUAACACUAGGACAUUAAGAAAUUGUCUUGACUGAACCGGCUCUAGGGAGAAGAGUUUGGAACCGAUACACCCAUCCAGUAUAUAAAAAAGUUAGUUUAGUUUAGAUUUCCUCCUACAGUAACAGGCUUGUCUUUACUGGACCUCUAGGACCAGAACACUUUAGAGUUUGAUUUUUAGCUUCAUAUAAGUUCUAAAAAGACAUCAACCUCGCAAGCUCCAGCAGUUUGGGAGGGAAGCGGAAAUCGAGAGCCUGGUUUGCGAGGUUGAAAAGACAUGCGCUCAUGUUUUAUCAUUGAUCAAGGCUUUGUAAUGAUUACUGAUUAGUUGUUUGAUCUCGUCUAGAUCGUGUGUUACCCUCCUUUCCCUGGUAACGAGGCAAACUAUCUUCGUGCCCAGAUCGCGCGUAUCACAGCUGGUACUCACAUCAGUCCUGCCGGGUAUUACGCAUUUGAAGACGAGGAGGAAGAGGAAGAAGAAGAGGGUUGGUAAUUUGUGUGGUUGUGGGUGCACCCCUUUGGUGUAGGUUUUUAAACAACACAGCAGAUGUGGGUACACACUCCUCUGGUGUAGGGAUAGGGCGUAUCACAGCAGGGGUAAUUGUGUGGGGGGGACACUUCUUUGGUGUAGGGAUUGGGUGUAUCGCAGCAGGGGGUUGGUGGGACACUCCUCUGGUGUAGGGGUGGAGACAUCACAGCAGGUGGGGGUACUCCUUUGGUGUAGGAUUGGGGUGUAUCACAACAAGAGUGGGGGGCACUCCUCUCGUGUAGGAGUGGGGUGCAUCAAAGAUGGUACUCUCUUCAGUCCUGCGGGGUAUUAGUAAGUUUGGCAAAUACAACGGCAACGUCAAUGAAUCAUAUGUGAUCAUCACGUUUGCAAAAAAUAAGUACUUUUAAGAUGCAAAUCAAGUUUUAGUAAUAUAUGCUUUGGCUCGCAUACAAAAUGUAAUGCCGUUGUCGGUUGCCAAAUUCUCUGUUACGCAGUUGAAGACCACGAAGUGAAGAGGGUUGGCAACUCGUCAGAAUUUUUACAUUUGUUAUUUCUGUUGUAGUUCGUGAAACGUACGUGAUAAAUCCAGAAUUUGAAGGUGUGAAUCCUCGAGAAUUGAUGGAUACGUCAAUCAACAGUUGGGUGCACCACUGUAUGAAUAUCCUACCACAGGUAUAACAGCGGCUAUGUGGCACCGAAGGUACCUCACCAAGGGGCAAGGGGAUACGAAGGCGCUUCCCCAUGAAGAUUUUGAAAUUUAGACCGGUCUCGGCUGUAACCUUGACAUUGGAACAACACAUGCUAUAAACAAAAGCCAUCUAAAAAAAAAAAUGCCUGACAAGGGGAAUAAAUUGAAAAUUUUCAUUCCGGUUUGACUUCGUCCCGGUCUCAUGUAAACGGGGCCAUAGACGGCGAAAAUCGCCAGGUGCCGGCUUCUAUUGGGAACCGCGCUGAAAUUGGAUGAGGAAUUUACAACUUACAAGUUUGUCUUGCUUUUCCGGACUGGAAAGAGCUGAAUGUGUAAUUUGUGUUUGCGGAUUCCUCCUGUAGUUGCAUUGGAUCAAUAAGAGAUGGCUGUUCCUGGACUUCUAUAUAUGGAGAAAGUUUUAGAACUGAAAGAUCUCGAGCUAUCUAAUAUGAUUCAAUUGACUUGUCCUUUCAGGGCCGUUGUAUCUGGCACAAUCCAGUGACAAAAACUGAAGAUGAAUUUGAUGACGAGGAAGCUGAAGAGGAACAAGAUGAGAUCGAGGAACCACAGCCUGAAUCAGGACCACCAUUGUUGGCUUCUGUCAACGAGGACGAUGGUUGGUAUUACUGUGUUUUAUCGGUUCUUUUGACGAAGUCGGGAAAACCGGUAGCAGGCGUGGGGGGAACUUCGACGUUUCGAGCGAAGACCCUUCGUCGGGAAUAGAGAGUUUGAGCAAGAGAACGAAGUCGGACGACGACGACGUGGUUGACAAUUUGUGCCUGUCUUGCACAUUAUCUUGCGCAUUCUGAGUUUAGGGUCAGGAGUGAAGACAGAUUAGAGAUUCAUGUCUAGCUGUUUGUGAAUGCUGACUCAAAUCCUUACCCUGAUCAGGAUAAAACAGCGAGACAUGAAUCCAUAUCCCGUCGUCGUUCUUCUGCCUUCGUUCACAACGAAUAUUUUAGCAAAAUUCGUUGUGAACUUCGUUCUUCACGAAGGCAGAAGGACAAAGACGGGAUAUAGUUUCAUGCCUCGCUGUUUUCUUCUGGAUCAGGGCAAGAAUUAUGGUCAGUAUUCAUAAACAGCGACACACAAGGGAAGCACGUUGAGCAACCACCAGUGACGUCCAACUCAGUAUGCGCAAGAUAAUGUGCAGACGGCAAAAAUUGUCAAGUAUGCCUUCGUCUUCGUACUUCGUUGCCUUGCUCAAACUCUCUAGUAGCCGACGUUGGGAAGUUAGUAGUUAGUUCCCGGCGAAGGGCCUUUGCUCGAAAACGUCGAAGUUCUCCUUAUAUUUUUCAUGCAGGUCGGUGGCGUAGCCACGGAGGGGACUGGGGAGACGAGUCCCCCCCCCACUCUCCUUCAGAACCACCUUCGAGAUAUGUUUAAAUCCGUUGAGAAACUGGGGGGGGGGACACUGAUCCGAUUUCAUGUCCAGCUUAUUAUUUGCAAUCUAAUAACUGAAGACGCAGGAAUUCUUGACCGAAUUAUGAUGUUGUAAUCUUCUGAAAUUUGUAAAAUCUCACCCCAAAAUGCACAAGUGGCGUUUCAGAGACUCUGAAUUUCAAAAUUUCCCGGACCCCCUACAGUGUUCGCGCCAUUGGCGCUCAACCAUUGAACUAUAAAUAAACUGGAAGGCUAACUCAGGGGGGCGGGGGAAUUGAAGCCAGUGCAUUUUAGUUUUUCUGAGUUAUGAGCAGAAAUACUCAACACUGAACGUUGAGCUAUAUAUCAAAUUGAAGCUAUUGAAAAACCCUAUUUCGUGUAGAAAUUUCAAGACUUUAGCUAAAAGGGAAAUAUUGAAAAACGACAAAUAUAAUUGCCGAUGAUUUGCCAUUUUGCAGUUGUUUUUGUAUUUUUUAAAUAUUUUUCUUUUCGCUGAAAUCUUGAAAUUUCCACACCGAAUAGCAAUUUUCAAUAGCUUCAAUUUGAUAUACAGCCCAACGUUUGGGAUCAAGUAUUUCUGCUCAUAACUCAGAAAAACUAUUUUGGCUUCAACAAAUCAUAGGCCUUCAUCAUAGCAGUUAGCCUUCCAGUUUAUUUAUAGUUCAAUGCGCUCAACUUCCCCCCCCCCCCCAAUAAUACUUGUAAACCCUGGCUACGCCACUGAUGCAGGUAUAUAGUUGCAUCCAGCCUAGUCCCAGUCGUUCUGAAGCAAACGCGGAUACGCGGAUGUGGUAUGAGACUGGGACCUAUGUGUGACGUCACAGCUCAAGCGCUCGGCACAGCACACCCAGGCAUAAAACUUAUAAAACACUUAAAGCAGCGUUCAGCGCGAGAGCCUGGGACUAGGCUAAGUUGCAUCUUCAUCAAUCCGAAGCUUUCUUAUUAUUGCCACUACCUACACUGGUACAGACCAGUUCAAGAUUACCCCCAGUGAGCUCUACGUAUGUCUGGAAUAAGAACUCGCGUCCAAGAAGUGAAGCCAAAGAUGGUGGAAAUAGGGCCAAAAAAAAAAUAUGUGGGUUUCCGGUUUCCCGACCCUACCUAGCUUUUGGACGUCGAAAUCCCGACCCUAAACUUUUUUAUUGGAUCAUGCUUGUAAGUGUUUCCACUUAGAGGAAAAAGUUUGUGGAAAAUUGAAAUUUGAGGCAAUAUUAGGGAAAUUUAUUUUUGAAUGUGGAAGCACUGACUAAACAAAAUGGCGUCCGCUUGUUCGGAAAAUUAAAAAAAAAGUUAAAAAAAAAAAGUUAAAACCGACCUACCCUACCUAAGUUUUUAUAAGAAGAAACCGGAAACCCACAUAUUUUUUUUUUGGCCUAGACAAUUUCCAUUAUAGACUAAGUUUUUAUCUUGGCAAAAAAAAAGUAUAUUCCCAGAAAGAACAUACUAAAAUUAGUAAAAUUGCAAAGUUUGGUUGCGAAAUGUUGUAAAAUGCGGAAAAUAUAGCCUUGCAAAGUUGACAAAUUUGUAUACUUUUGUAUUGCGUGCGGAAACUGCACAUUUCACCACAUUUGGGCCGAAAAUGGUAGCAAUUUCCGCACGCAAUACAAAAGUAUACAAAAUUUGCAAACUUUUCAAAGCUAUAUUUUCCGCAUUAUUUACAACAUUUCGCAACCAAACUUUGCAAUUUUACUCAUUUUAGUAUGCUUUUUCUAGCUGUGGUGAUUUAUUUGCAUCUCUUUGCCUAGUUUUAAAAUUAGUCAAAAAUGGGAAUUGUCUACUAACAGUCAGUCCCUUCCUAUAUUGUUUUUGUAUACGUGGUGCAAUCAACAAAAUUUUCAUGUCUUUGUGUCGUUCUUUAGAUGUGAAUAAUCUACCCGCCUGGUCUCCUUAUCUUUCAUCAAAUUUUCUACCUCAAUACGCUGUCGCUGUUAUGAGAUCAAAUCGCUGGCCAGGAGCUUAUGCUUUUGCUCAUGAUACGUAAGUACCAUUGAUGUCGUACCACGGCUUGAUUAUUUUCUUGUUUACUACUAGUGCGAAGCAGCACACUAUUUGUGAAACUGCUUGUUGAUUCUUGCAUGCACAGUUGACUUGCAUGAGUCCGUUUGUCUGUGGGAUGUGAAUAUAGACGGAAAUUUUAAUUUACCGUGUGCGCAUGUUAUUUCCAUUUCGGUCGCGUUACACACGUAAAAACAAGUCUGCAAACAAGUUGUUACAAGUCUGUUCACAAGCUGUCGACAAGUUGUGUUCGCACUGCUUGUUCCAAGUUUGUUGUAACAAGUUUGAAACAAGCUGUUAACAACUUGUAACAAGUUUGAGGGCAUUAUCAGCCUUGUUACAAGACUGUGGUAACAAGUUUGUUACAGCCGUGAUAUAACAAGGAUGUUACAAGGUUGUCAACACAAGGUUGCAACAAUCUUGUUAUAUCAAGCAUGUAACGGACUUGUCAGAACAACCUUGCAACAAGUCUGAUAAUUUCGACAAGGUUGUUACAAGUUGUUCCAAGCCUGUUGACAACUUGUGACAAGCAGUGCUAAUACAUCUUGUUGACGGUUUGUUGGCAGACUUGUUACAAGAUGUGAGAUUUUUACGUGUGUAUCAGAUCAUCUAUCUAUACAUUAUAUAUAUCCACAACAAAGUUUUCAAAAGGCUUUAAAGUGUUAAAAUUCAGGAAUUUUUCUCACAGGAAAUUUGAGAACAUUUACGUUGGCUGGGGUCAAAAGUAUCUUCCACAUGGCUACACACCUCCCAACUUGCCCCCGGUAAUGGAAGAAUUCCCAGGGGGUGCGGACAUUACAGAGAUAGAUGACCCCACCGUGGAGGAAGAGCAAGAAGCGAAGGCCAGGCAGGAGGUGGAUGUGGAGCCUGGGGAUGACGGUGAUGACGUCGACGAUGAAGAUGACGAUGAUUAAUGCGCAUGUCUGAUCUGAAUAUACAUACUUGACUGAUAUAAGAUUUGUAAAUAGAUGUUUAUAGGGUAUAUAUAGUAUACUGUCUGUGUACACAUACAUAAGGAUUUGGGGAAUACACUUUUUAUGCGUGUAUUUUCGGCUGUACACACAUCUAACUUAAAUAUGGAGUCGUGUUUUCGAAGUCACAUUGCGGAUUGGCGUAUUUCGACGUAGCGGGGUUUUUGAUGCAUAAGGUUUUUUAUCGAGUAUUUUCUGACACAAGAGCCAUGACACUAAAAAACACCCACAGGGUGAUCCUUGGGGCGAGCAUCACCGAAAACCAUUAUGAAAGAAAUGGGAUAAAAAUGUUGCUGGGAUAAACCUUUGACAACAUGGCUCCAUGCCAGAAAUUGCGCUAUUAGGUGAAGGAGCACACUAUUCUUGACACUGCUUACGUUUUUCUAGAGUUCGAUCCCAGUCUUGUGCGACUUAUAUUAACAUCUUAAGUUCAAGGCGUGUGUUAUGUUUCCAUCCUGCUAUUCUAUCUGGUUAUAGACAGAAAUGUAUUGUUUCAAAAACGUUAGAUGUAAAAUAAAAAUACAUUUGUUUAUCAGUUCAUCAGAUGAACAACACAAAAUAGGCC